UGUCUUAUGUGAUACAAAUCUAAGAAACCUCCAAAGGGUAAGAGUCAUUUUUAUGUUUAACGACCGUGAAGAGAGAGAGAGAGAGAGAGAGAGAGAGAGAGAGAUAGAGAUAAUGUGAAAGAAAAAAAGAGAUGGAUGAGUAAGUAGGCCAAUAACAGAAGUUGAACAUUUGCAGGGAGAGAGAGAGAGAUGGGAAAGCAACUAAUCUUUGCUUCACCCGAAAGCUUUUCUUUUUCUCAGCCUUUAUGUCGUCUUCACAAUUUGUUAAUAAUGUCAUUUUCACCAUAAUUUUUAUUUUUCAAAAAAUGCCCACUUUUCUUUCGUCGUUCAUUUUCCCAUAUUAAUAUUUUCUUCUUCUUUCUUUCUUUAUUUCUCUCAUAUGAGAGCUUUAACUCUCUCUCUCUCUCUCUCUCCUACUUUUUCCCGUUGUUCUUUCAGCUCCUUCAUCUUGUUGUUUCUUAAGGUUGGGAGCUUUUAUGAACUUUUUUUCUUCUUCUCCUUCUUCUUUUCUUUCUUGAAUAUUUAAAGGUGAAGACUUCAAGAUUGAUAUGGUAAAAGCUUAAAAGGUUUCAUCACCUUAAAGUAUUUAACAUCACUUUUUUUCAGUUCAACCAAAAAGCUUUAUACCAUUCUUUCUAAAGCAAAAGCAUAGUACAAGGUUGUUUCAGGUGAAUGAAAGAGUAAAGUUCCAUAGCCAAAAAAAUAAGCAUGGCCAGGCUAACACCACCAAAAAGCCCUUUAGUGAGUGAUAAGAACAACCACUCAGGUUGUAUGUGGAGCUUGUACAGUCUCUUCGAAUUUCGACAAGGAAAUUCUAGAAGGAAGAUGAUUUCAGAUAAGAAGCUGUUCAAAAGAGAAGAUGAUGGGAAUGCUAAGCAGCAUGAUUUGCAUACCAGAUUUGAUGAAAAAUGCCCAGGAAGAGCUGUAGAAGAUAGAAAUGAGAACUUUGUUAGUCCUAAGGAAAACAAGCUUAGAAGGGAAGAGACUGAGAAGCAGAUACAUAACAAGUAUAUGCACUCUACUUCAGAACUUGGUCAUUUAGCUAGGAAUCAUGCAAAGGCGAACAGAACAGAUCAAGGACAUUGUCAUGUUCCUACUCACGGUCGGGCUGAUUCAGCAAAACAGAAGCAACCUCCUCAUAAAAAUCCAGUUACUAAAACUGUAGAUAAGGUAGAAUCAGGAAAAGGAAUUGGUAAAAAGGCACAUCUCAAGAAAAGGAGAGGCUGUGGUUGCAAGAAUGUCGAUUUUGUCAAAUAUGAUGAGCUUAACAAGGUUAAUCCAAAGUUGCUAAAGGCAAAUGAUGUGGCUGAGGCAAUUGUGAAUCAGAAAUUUAUUGAAGGGAAGUACCUCAACAGAGAUGGAAUAAACCAGCAGUCUAAUCAGUUAUUGGAUGCUUUAGAGAUUUUGAAUUCGAACAAGGAUUUGUUCACGAAACUCUUGCAAGAUCCCAAUUCUUUGUUAGUGAAACAUAUUCAAGAGUUGAGGGAUUGUCAAGAACAAAAACAGCAGACAAAAUCAUCCAGUAAAAAUUUGACACAAUGUGAUGAUCCACAGAGUUCUGACACAAUAGUUGUUCUAAGGCCUGGUUCAACAAGCUUGCAAGAUUCUUCUUCAGACAAAAUCAAGCAUUGCUCCUCACCGAAGUAUUGUCAUGGUGUGGAAAAACAUGUUCAAAGUGUUAGGCCUGGCUAUUUUUCCCUUGUUCAAAUAAAAAGAAAGUUCAAACAUGCUAUGGGAGUAGCCACAAAAGAGCAGGACUUGAUGUCAAUUGAUGGUGUGCGAGUGCAAAAUAAUUCUUCAUCUCCCACUGAAGAUGGGAAGAAAGGGAAAGGAAUGGAGAACAUAAGAAGAAACGUCCGAAUAGAAAAUAAAGAAGUCGAAGAUUAUACCUUUGAUAUCGCGAAAAGAGACAAGAUAGCCAAAUUAAAAGAUUUCAAAGCAAGAAUUGGACAAGAAACUGCUUCCAGCAGAGAAAGUGGUCAUGAAAACUCAAAUUUGUUGAGUUCUCGCCAUCCUAAGAGGAGUGAAUCUAGAAUAUACAUUGAGGGCCGGAGGCAUUACUAUGAAUCUGAAUUGUUGGAUAACAAAAAUGAGGAUGGAAAUUUUUUUCCAAAAGAGGUACCAAUGUUUUUGCAGAGGACAAUCUCUUCUCCUGACUAUGACUCAUUGCCUGUACAAAGUUCUAGGAGUGACUUCAAAGCUGGCUGUGUUAAUGCUCAAAUGAGAUUCUCCCCCUACAGCUAUAGCCAAGUGGUCUAUGAAGAUAGUUGGAGGCAUGAGAAAGAACAUGAAAGUAGCUACUCAAGUUUGCUGAACCGAAACAUAGAUUCGACAACUGAUAAAAUCAAACUCAACAGUCAAUUCCUAGAUGUUGGUAGAGGAAAAACAAAUCCAGUGGAAGUCCAAUGUACUGAGAAGAAUGCUGCCAUGGAAGCUACUAAUACAAGACACUCAGAAGAAACAAGUUCUUCAAUGCUGUCUUCAUCAGAUGGCUCAGAUGAUAUCUUUACUUCAGAUACUAGCGACGAUACACAGCAAAAAUCAACUGAUCUUUUAGAUGCACCAUCUCAAUCAUGUAGCACUUAUAAGACAAGUACAAAUCAAAACACAAACACAGAUGGAGAAAAUGAAUGUUUUAAGUGCUCAAGAAUGGAUCCACUUUUCGAGGAUCAACCUUCAACAUGUUCUACCGAGGUUUUACCUUCAACCCCAUCAAGCUGUGGGAGACUGGAAGAGGACCCUGAUAGCAUUAAAGAUAAAGGAUAUCAAUCAAGUCCAAUUUCUGUUCUUGAGCAGUUUUUCACUGAUGUUUCUAGUCCUCAAAGCACCAUUAGCCAACCUGCUUCUGCUCUUAUGUGCUCCCAUAUGGACACUGAAGUCAACAUGACUACUUCUUCAUAUCUUUAUGGAUCAAUCUCUGAGUAUGUAAAGGCAGUGUUGCAAGCUUCUGAAUUGAAUUGGGAUGACAUCAAUUUGAAGUGCCACGGAUCAGACCCGCUUCUCAACUCGUGUUUGCUUGACUCAUCAAAGUGUCAGUCUGGCCAAUUCUGUUGUGAUUGUAAACUACUCUUCGACUUCCUUAGUGAAGUUCUUCUAGAGGUUUAUGACAGCUAUUUCAGAUGCUCUUAUGGGCUCUCAUAUAUCAAGCUCAGCAUUGUCCAUUCGCUUCCAAUUGAGAAUUUUGUGAAUCAAGAGGUGAUGAAACGUGUAGGUUGGCACUUGCAGCCACAUUCAUCUCCAAGAACAAUGGAGCAACUCAUUGGAAAUGACUUGAAAAGUUCUGAAACAUGGUUAGAUAUCCGAACCGAUGUUGUAGACAUCAUUGGUGAGAUAGUAGAAGAUACUUUGGAUGAGUUAGUGAUGGAUACCAUAGAUGAUAUGCAUAGUUAUUAGUUUAACAUUCUUUUUUAGUGAUGAAAUUAGCCAGCAAGAGGAGUACUUAUGCUCCUACAAGGUCUGAGUUUGAGUCUAUCUUGUAGCAAUUGAUAUAGUUUUGUUUUCAACUAUUGUAGAGAUAAAGGGGGGACCUUGUUUAAAACAACAUAAGAAAAAAAAAACAUUUGGAUUAUUGGAUGGGUCAUUCUACGAGCAAUCAAAUGUUACCAAUUUUAUAUUAUAUUACUUGGUAUACAAUCCAUUGUAAACAAUUGUUUGUAACAAUAUAUUUUUUUUUAAAAAAAAAUAAAGAUAAAAUAACUUACACAUUAGCAACUCAGAAAAA